AUGAAAGGGAACACUGAGGUGGUGAAGCUGCUGGUUCAACUCGGCACUAAUGUGGAGGCGAAGGACAAGGCUGGCGAGACCGCACUCCAUAGGGCCAGCAGGAAAGGACACACUGAGGUGGUGAAGCUGCUGAUUCAACUUGGCGCUGAUGUGGAGGCGAAAGAUAAGCAUGGCUGGACCGCACUCCAUGUGGCCAGCAUUAACGGGAACACUGAGAUGGUGAAGCUGCUGAUUCAACUUGGCGCUGAUGUGGAGGCGAAAGACAAGGAUGGGACAAAACCACUGGACCACCUACAUGACCAAGACCGCAGACGUUUCCUUAAGAACCUGGCCACAGAGGUUUCCUACCACAAGCUGAUGAAACAGUCCGGUGGGGUGAAAGUCGACAGGUUUAAACUGUGCAUCUGUGGACCACAGGAAGCUGGCAAAUCUACGCUCAAGGAAAGUCUGCAAACGGGACCUUUCAUCGCCUUCUUCCGGGAUAGAAUGACACCAGACCAUCAGCCACACGAGCCCACCCCUGGUGUGAAUGUGGGAACAACCAACAUUCCCAGUGUGGGGGAGGUCAGUGUGUGGGACUUCGCUGGACAGUCGGAAUACGCGGUCACCCACGGCAUGUUCAUGAAUGCGGAGAACACCAUCUUCGUCGUAUUGUACAGCAUCAUGGAUGAUCCGCACACAAGAGAAAAAGGUCCACUGGUGGCUGUGUUUCAUCAAGUCCUGCAACACAAAGAGCAAGCCUAACGUCAUCCUCGUGGCCAGUCAUGCGGACCUGGCUGAUGCAGGACACCAAAAGGCAUUGUCCCUCCUUGAGCUGAUGACGUCAGAGUUCAAUGAUAACCUGGACAUCUCAGACGAAGUGUUCCUGCUUGACUGCAGAAAGACUCGUAAAACUGACAUUCGGCGCCUUAAAGAUCUUUUGACAAGACUCAAGACCCAUCUU